AUGACUCGCCGGCUGCUACUACCCGUUCUAGUCCUCCUCGCCGCCUUCUCAGGUGCCCACAGCAUCGCGUCAUCGGGGUCCGCAUCGCUCCCAGACGGCGCCACGUGUUACCUGGACAGCGAGCGGCGGCCCGUUUACCCCUUCUGCCGCGGAAACAAGCGCAACUGCGUGGUGACUCAGGUGCCGACGGCGCCGCAAGCCAAGUACGUCGGCCGCUGCAACUCCACCUACACCAGAGGCUCCUUCUGUCGCUAUGCCGGCACACCAUACGCCGUGGGAACCAAGGGCGUGCAGGGCAAUGCACUCUGCAAGACGUGUGAUUGCACCUACAGGAGGAAGAUGCCAGGACCCAACCGGGCAGUCUGCUCCUGCUCCUCCCUGCCCGCCUGCUACGUUGACUACAACGGGCAGCCCGUGGGAAAGUUCCGCUGCCCGACAGAGCAAAACAUGUGUGUGAUUACCAAGAUAGGAGGAGGGGGCAAGGACAAGAAGGGUCUGCCGGUGGACAAGGGCGUGUGUGUGUUCUCCGGAAUUCAGGGCAUAUGCGGGGCAGCGGGGCCCAGCUGGGGACCAAAAUUCUACAUGGCGGGAAUAGAGGGCAUGCCCAAGCCGGGGGACCGCUGCUCCCAGUGCACGUGUGGGGCCACGGGGGGUCUUCUCAACUGCAAGCGCCUGGCAAAUUGCAAGACGCCCCAGAGCUUUGGGAGUGCUGCAGAGCUGGCUAUUGUGCUGCAAAACGUCUAG